UGCAUGCAAUUUUUCUCUUCAAACAAGCGCUUGCGGGAAAUUUUUUUUCAAAAUCACCCACCACCCUCCCCCCCUACCCUUAAGAGUUAAAGGGUCGGCCCCUUACUAAACAUCCUCAAGGUUACAUUUCUUUAGCUUUCGUAUACCCGUACAAUCCCUCCCUGUGCUCGAGAAGACGUCCGAGAGAGGGUUGGUGGGGUUACAUACAAGCCACAUUAGACUAGUCCUUCUGUCGUCCACAGUCAGCCCAAGUUGCAAGAUGUAUAUUGUAAACUUGAACUGUGCUAAGAAUUGAUUUCAUUUUGUAUCCAAAUUGUUUUUCCAUCAUAUUUUUUAAAUGGCAAUUGAAAAUAUCCUGAUUUUUGCGCCCGACGAAAGUAAAAUAGUCGUUUUAUAAUUUGAGAUUGUAACUCUUAUUUGAAAAAAAUGUCCUUUGUUAAAAAUGUCGACAACGUUACAAAAGAUCACCACAGGGUGAAUAAUAUAUGCAAUUGAAAUGACAUAUACUGUAUGACAGUUACAUAUUAUUAUUUUUUUCUUUUGAAGAACAGUAAUGAAUGAUUAGAAAUAUAAAAAAAACUGACACGGGGAUACGAAAGAUGUAUAUUGUAAAACUUGAACUGUGCUAAGAAUUGAUUUCAUUUCGUAUCCAAAUUGUUUUUCCAUCAUAUUUUUUAAAUGGCAAUUGAAAAUAUCCUGAUUUUUGCGCCCGACGAAAGUAAAAUAGUCGUUUUAUAAUUUGAUAUUGUAACUCUUGUUUGAAAUGAAUACCCUUUGUUUAAAAUGUUGACAACGUUACAAAAGGUCGCCACAGGGUGAAUAAUAUAUGCAAUUGAAAUGACAUAUACUGUAUGACAGAUACAUAUUAUUAUUUUUUUUCUUUUGAAGAACAGUAAUGAAUGAUUAGAAAUAAAAAAGAAACUGACACGGGGAUACGAAAGAUGUAUAUUGUAAAUUUGAACUGUGCUAAGAAUUGAUUUCAUUUUGUAUCCAAAUUGUUUUCCCCUCAUAUUUUUUAAAUGGCAAUUGAAAAUAUCCUGAUUUUUGCGCCGGACGAAAGUAAAAUAGUCGUUUUAUAAUUUGAUAUUGUAACUCUUAUUUGAAAAAAAUGUCCUUUGUUAAAAAUGUCGACAACGUUACAAAAGAUCGCCACAGGGUGAAUAAUAUAUGCAAUUGAAAUGACAUAUACUGUAUGACAGUUACAUAUUUUUUUUUUCUUUUGAAGAACAGUAAUGAAUUAUAAUUAUGAUUAAAAAAAACUGACACGGGGAUACGAAAGUGAAAGGUAAAUUUUUGUAACAAGUGGAUCAAAUAAAAACAAGUAGGUAAUUUUCUUCAUUACUGGUAUGCAUUUUUGUACUAGUUAAGUUCAAUAUACUUAGCUCUCUCUGGUAAGGUGUUUCCUUGGGUUUUUUUUUUUUUACAUUGAUUAUCUUUUUAGCAAUCUACCAUCAAACCUUCCCAUUACUUUUCACUCAGAGAAUCACUAUCCUUGUUUGUUGCACAAAUUGCCUCUGUUCAGAAAUAGUAUUCAAUUGCAAACAAGAGAUAAAGCAAGUGAAAGUGUUUGUAGCAAGUAGAUUAAGACUAGUAGGUAAUUCUCGUUUUACUUCUAUGCUUAUGUACAAGUAAAGUUCAAUAUACUUUUCUUACUAAGAGUUUUUCGUUAAUUUUCCUUUAAUUUGAUUUGAUUUUUUAAUUUUUUUUCUUUUCAACCAACUACCCUCAAGCGUUUUCCCUAUUUCACAUUUGAUUGACGAAAUUUCCAUCAUUAAUAUUAACCUUCUACUGGGUAUGCUGUGCCUCUGAGAUCACAUGAUAAAAGUGUCUUAAAGUGGAGAGGAUUAUUUACAAAGGAUUGCAUCACCAAAGCACUUAUUACCUACGAUUCGUUAGCCAAUAACAUUUCUGCUCAGCGAUCUUCGGUUACCAAGCCCUCCCAGGGAAUAAUAGGAAGAAAUUUAAUUCAGAGAAAGGAGUUAGGGCAAACGUUUGAUUAUUACAUAGCGUAAAUUUGGGCACUCACCGAAUCCUGAAUGGUUGACACUUGUGCUUGGACGUCUGAAAGAAGGCUGGUUCCUCGAGACCAGGUCGAAGUGCUGUUGUCGCUGCUUCUGAAGGCCGAGAAGCGGACAUGGAUUGCAAAUAUAUCUCCAGUGAACUCGUCCGAACAUGACGACAACCAACCCGAUGCAGGGGACGGCCAAAAUCGGAAUUGUUCUUUUGUGGAUACAGGAUCGCUUUUGCUGAGGCAUGGACAGUGCAUCAAGAGAAUUCAUAAGGAAUUUUAUGAUCUUGAUCCAAGGCACUACUGUGUUAAAGUCACAGCUGAGAUCACAAAUCCAGAUAGUUCUUCCUCUCAGAUGCAAGUGGUGUCUGGUGAUGAUGUUAACAGGUCUGGGCAAGGAAUAAGUUCAAGUGCAUCUAGUGUUUCUCAAGAUUCAGUUGUUGUACCACUGACUACAAGGACUCCUCAAUUUGAACUGUACAAAAAUGCUGUACUGUGUGCUCAGUAUCCAGUCCUUGGUGCAUCCCAAGCAGCUGCUUCCCCAUAUUCACCUGCAUCAUCACCAUUUGAACCUCCAUUGCAAUCUAAAUGGUUAGCCACGGGUGGUGCUGAGUCACAGAGUUGCAGGCGUCAUGAAUCAUCAGAAUCUGACAAUGGACAUGUUUCACCUGAAGUUUCUAUUUCAACCUUGUCAGAGGAGUUGCAGGAGUUGGUUCGGAAUGUCUUUGAACUUAAAAGGCGUCAACACAAAUUUUAUUGUGAGACUGAGAUACCAACGCAAGUUCCUCGGUCCAAGGAGGCACCAAGGUUUCUUGUAGAGGAGUUACUGAGUCAGCAAGUUGUAUUAGAGCACAACCGCCACCCCUUUUACAGAGUUCAGACUUUCAUGGACAACAAUAUUUAUGAUGAAUGGUUAAUAGAUGUUAAAAGAAGGAUAGAUAGCUUGAUCAAGGGCUUCUGGCAGUACUCACGUCCUCUUGUGCCUGAGUUACCCUUGGAAAGUCCAAAAUAUCAUGAACAGUACGUGGAGCUGAUGAACAGACUUUUCAGGUAUGAAAGUAAACCAAAGGAGCUACACCCAGUUUAUCAUGGAGCAGUUCCAAUUAGACCUCUAUCCUCCCUAUCUUGCCAACUGUUGAAAGAAUUUUCCCUAAGAUAUGGAGUAGGAGUGCUUUUCUGCAAGCUUUCAUAUCUGGAAUACUUUGUAAAGUACUUUGAAAGCAACAUCUGGUAUAUUGAACACAUCACUGAGUCUUUACGGGAUGUGAUGAAUCUUAUUUUAAGUGGUUGUCAGGAAAUUUUUGUUGAGGAAGAAUUUAAAAUGCUGCUGGAUAUUUUGUUAAAUCUGCUAAAUCAGACUAAGUACUCCUUGAGUAAAAUUAGGAGGAUUUUUCCUGCUGAGAACAACCCUAACGAAGGUGUUAAAGCAUUGGUCACUCUGUUUGAACUGACUCUGGAAUCUGCAAGACAACUAGAAUCAGAAUUUCCAUCAGUUUUCACAAGACUUCCACAGGCUCAACAAUUCGCCGACCAUUUGUCGGAGGCUCCAGCCUGCGUUCUUGUGGCUUCCUUUGUCGAGAAUGAGAUUGAGGGUCGAUAUGAACGUCUCAAAGAAAACGCCACUGCAGCUUUGGGUCAGAACUACUCGAUGUCAAAGCUUCUGCUUAAGUCUAUCCUGGAACUUCACCAUGAAGUCAGUUAUUACAACGCACAAUACAAGCAGGCGUUCUCUGGGUAUUUUGACAUCAUGAAACUCUCUGCGUGUAAAUUCUAUUCCUUGCUGAUGUCAGAUGUGAAACAACUGUGCGAAAAUCCACCUCGAAACCAACGUCCUAAUGAGGUGGAUUGUUUCAUGUUGUGUUUGGCAUUUCGCUUAUCAAAACUCGAUAAAGAAUGGGCCGAGUACAUUCCUCACCAUAAUCAAAAAUGGCGCCAGCCUUUUCUGGGGUUUGCACUACAAUGGCUGGAUGCUACUGGCCAUUUACUCCAAAGGCGUGUUCUUCAGCUUAUUAGCAGUGAUUUAUGGGAGCCAGUGGCUGUCAUUAUCGAUAGAUCACAAGAACAGAGGCACAAGAGGAAGACACCUCCUGCUCCUCGGUCUGGCUCUGUUCGGUCCUUGACACCUUCUAGUCAUUCUGCUUUCAUAGCCGUGGAACCUGGUGGAUCUCCUGCUAAGUCCUCUGCCGCGAAAGAAAAAGUCAAGAGUGGUAAAGGGAAAGAGCCACUUCCGUCAAGAGAGAAGAGUCAAAAACGCACCCAGCGUGUUGGAUACGACAGUAGUUCUGAGGAAGAUGGCGGAAAGACAUUGAAAAUACGAGCCCAAGUGAAUUUUGCGCGAGCAAACGGUGCUUCCAGUGUGAAGAAGAGACUAUUAGAGCCUCAAACCUGCAGUCAAGUAGAGGCAACUGGUAGAGAAAUAUCGCCCGCAUUAAGUAAUCCAGUAGCACAACCGCUGUCAGGUCUGGAUGAAACUGGGAGGCCAGGAAAAGACCGUGUGCAUCAAGGUACCACGCAAGGUGAAGGUAAACCUGCACAGUCCUCUGAGGGCGGAGAUAGUUCUCUUCUAAUCACUGCUCAAGAACGCCAAGAGAGCACCAUUGAAGUUCACAGUCCAAACAAAGGAACAAAACCAAUGGGUGAAAAAUCUGGUUGCUCCUCAGCUGAUCAGUCAGACGUGACGAACAGUCACAUAAAUUGUGAAACUGUUCAACCAGUACCAAGCGUGAGAAAUAACGACGGAAAAAGUUCUACAUCACCAUCCUAUACGUCUGCCUCAUCUGGGAGACAGGAUGUUUCAAACGGAAAUGUGGACGGGGUUUUUCAUGAACCAGCUUCACCUUCAGAUGGUUCAUUCCUUUCCAAAGUUUCCCACUCGAGGAAUCGAAAUACUCCUUUUGAGAAUGACUCUAGUGAUGAAUCAGACAGUGGGGACUCCAUUCACACGUCUGAUUCGUUUGACUUCAUCGAGGAUAGAGGGAAGGCAAAGGUUAACAAAAAGCGUAAAACAAAAACUGUUCAGCCGGUUGUAGACCCGGUUAAAAGUGGAACAGGACGAAUGGACUAUAAUUCGAGCAAAGACUGCCAAACCUGCCCUGCAAGACACAACUGUUUUGAUUCAGACGACAAGAGAAGUUCAGAAGUACGCAGACCUAGUGCAGAUAAAAGUAAGAAAAGUGCAUGUAUUCCAGUGCCACGAAACAAACGCAUUGAUAAACUACGUACAUCAGGUGCUUCUAAUCUCUCAGAAUGUGGCAGUUUUCAAAGUGCCUCUGGGUCCGUCUUCUCAAGGAGUACUGAGGGCAGUUACCACUCUGCUCGUUCUAGUCCCACCCCCUCGCAGCAAGAUCAGUCAGCGACCCAAAAUGACAGCGAUCAUCACUUAGAUACGAGUCAUUCUCGAGACAACACGGCCAAGAUGUUUCCAAUUUCGAGCUCGUUUGUGGAUGUAGUUGGCGCUGUAAACCGUUUGGCUGCAUUUGCAUGUCACCUUUGCGAGAUCCUUUGCACAGACGAAGGUCCUCAGAGGAGUGAUCAUGCUGCUGCUACAGCAGCUGCGUGUUCUACUGCAGGAGAUGACGAUUUGGAACCCGUAUCACUGGCGAUUAAGAGAGCACUCCACCACAGACUAGUUCAGGUGAUGUUGUCGUUUGUGAAGUUGUACUCGGACAACGUCCUGGGUAUGGACACUUGUGGGUUAACAGAUGAACUUCUAACUGAGUUAUUAGGAGAACGCGUUCAGAGGCAUCUCAGAACACAGAGGGAUGAAAGGAAGAUACAGGGAUGCCGUUACAAUCCCUUGGCUGGCCAAAGCUGUAACACAACGGAUUUGAGGGGUACGCGCAUACCACCAUGCGAGGGAAUGUCCGGAAUGGAGCUGAAUCCUGGUGGAUUUGAACCACUCACGAAACAGAUGGGCACCAGACUGACCAAUGUGGCAAUCUUGAGAAGCACUCUGCCAUGGCUGUUAGAACACGUGACUUCCGCCAUUGCCAAUCCUGAUUUUAUGGAGUAUGACUUAGGUCUCUCCUAUUGUGAGACUGGGCCCAGCCUGGAUGGAAUUUCCAUGGGCAGCACAGCUGAAGGAAGAGCUCACGCUCCCCGACCAACGACAGAUGAACUCUUUGACCCAGGGGUACUCGCCAACUGUACUGAGCACCUUUGCAGACUGGAGAUUUCUCAAGUGAAGUUGAUUUCUUACAGGAUAAACAAACUCUUCAAACAGCUUCUGCGAACUGUACUUGAUCUUAAUCUCCCAAAAUACAGCAUGAAAAAACGUCUGAUGCCAGCUAGGGAAUAUCUGUCCCGUGAAUUGCAGAGAUUUCACGGUGUGCUCUACUCAGAAGACUUCAACAAAUUUCUCUUAGACCUUUGGAGUCACGUGGCUCGGAAUUUCGAGGAAGAAUGCCGUCGUUUGGUGAGAAGGAAGUCUUCUGCAUCAAAACAAAGCCAUCUUCUGCAGCAGGCUGUGUCGUAUCUGAUGCAGUUUUUCUAUAAUAGAGGGAAUGGACUUCCGUUCGAUGAUUUUGUCAAACCAAUGGAUCCUGUCCUACAGCACUUGCGGUUGUACACCACUUCAACAGAUAGACUUAUUUCCAACUGCCACUCCUUUAACAGACAGGUUCUAACCGAGCGACAACAAAAUCGGAAUGAAGAACUGACGUCAUCAGUGAGCUCUAGCUCACGUCUGGCUGAUGCGAAUGCUCCGGCGGAUAGCGUCAUUCAAGCCAUGCGCAAAGAUCUGCACACUUCUCGCAAGUGCUUUUCGGGAGCAGCAUUGGUGGAAUGGGUGGUUAACUUUGUUCGUAACCAUGGUUACGACGAUAUGGGUCUUUGCAUUGGAAGCACGGAGACCGAAACAGGACUUGAGUUAGGUGGGCUUGAAGCCGGUACCUUCUGAGGCACAGGGUUAUGAUCUGUGUUUGUCCACCACCCUAUCUCAAUCGACAGCCAUCAGCUGAGAGAAGAGAACAGCCAGUAUCCGAGGAGCA